AUCAUAUGGUUUAGUUGGACAUGGCGUUGCCAAUUUUCCACGUCAGAAACGUGAGCGGUUUUGAUCGCAUCUCACCAACCCCACCGAACUUUCUCCCUCUCCGUCUCCCUCACCCUCAUUCUCUCUCCUCCUUCUCUGAGUAUAUAAUACCAUCCCGUACCUAAUACUUAGCUGGCAGAGCACGCCUCCUUUAAUCUCUUUGCUUUCUCGGCAGCCACUACAAUGGAACUGGUUGCAUCUCCUGUGGAAAUGGAAAAGGGGGAAAUCAGGAGGAAUCCUACCCUGAUUUGUGCUCCGAUAAUGGCGGAUUCAGUGGAUCAGAUGUUGAUUCAAAUGAAGACGGCAAAAUUGAGUGGUGCAGACCUUGUGGAGGUCCGAUUGGACAGCUUGAGGAGUUUCAAUCCGCUCCAGGACAUCGAGACCCUAAUCAAACACUGUCCAUUGCCCACUCUAUUCACUUACAGACCAAUAUGGGAAGGUGGGCAGUAUGAUGGUGAUGAAAAGAGUCGAUUGGAUGCACUUCGAGUAGCCAUGGAGCUCGGAGCUGAUUACAUUGAUGUUGAGCUGAAGGCUAUCCACGAGUUCAACAAUUCCAUGCAUGGAAGGAAGCCUGCACAGUCCAAAAUUAUUGUUUCCUCCCACAACUAUGAAAACACUCCAUCUGUUGAGGAUCUUGGCAAUCUUGUGGCAAGAAUACAGGCAAGUGGAGCAGACAUUGUGAAGAUUGCAACAACCGCCUUGGAUAUCACUGACGUUGCACGCGUCUUUCAAAUAACUGUUCAUUCCCAAGUUCCAAUAAUAGCAAUGGUUAUGGGAGAGAGGGGUUUGAUGUCACGGAUACUUUGCGCCAAAUUUGGUGGAUAUCUCACUUUUGGUACACUUGAGUCGGGAAGACUAUCAGCUCCUGGGCAACCAACAAUUGAUGAUUUGUUGAAUUUGUACAAUUUCAGGCAGAUAGGGCCUGAUACAAAAGUAUUUGGCGUUAUUGGAAAGCCUGUUAGCCACAGCAAAUCACCUAUUUUGUACAAUAAAGCAUUCAAAGCGAUUGACUUCAAUGGAGUUUAUGUGCAUUUGUUGGUGGAUGAUGUUGCAAAUUUUCUCCAGACUUAUUCGUCUACAGAUUUUGCUGGGUUCAGUUGUACAAUUCCUCACAAAGAGGCUGCACUUAAGUGCUGCGGCGAAGUUGAUCCAGUUGCAAAGUCAAUAGGAGCUGUUAAUUGCAUUAUCAGGAGAUCAAAUGAUGGGAAGCUAUUUGGUUGCAAUACUGACUAUAUUGGUGCUAUUUCGGCUAUUGAAGAUGGCCUACGAGGUUCACACCCUAUAAGCAGUACAAGUGGGUCACCCUUGGCUGGUAAACUGUUUGUAGUCAUUGGUGCAGGUGGUGCGGGCAAGGCUCUUGCUUACGGUGCAAAAGAAAAGGGAGCAAGGGUUGUGAUUGCCAAUCGCACUUAUGAUCGAGCUAGAGAACUUGCGGAUACAGUUGGAGGAGAUGCAUUGUCUCUUAAUGAAUUGCUUAAUUUCCAUCCAGAAGAUGGUAUGGUUCUUGCAAACACAACUGCUAUCGGAAUGCACCCGAAAGUUGAUGAAACGCCCAUAUCAAAGGAAGCUCUGAAAUCAUAUGCACUGGUUUUUGAUGCUGUUUACACCCCCAGAAUCACCAGGCUGUUGCAGGAAGCACAAGAGUGUGGGGCCAAAAUUGUUAGUGGGGUGGAGAUGUUCAUUGGGCAAGCAUAUGAACAAUAUGAGAGGUUUACAGGGCUUCCGGCACCAAAGGAACUGUUUUGGAGUACUAUUGCAUAAGAACGAUAAUAAGGGACAUCUCUGUUAUUUUAGGUUCUAGUUGGCACAUGUAGAAGUUGAGGUUUUAACCAUUCUCCAGACCAUAGGGGGAACCCCCAACAAGUGUACUUCAUUUGCUUACCUACCAGAGAAGAAUUGGUUGUUUCCAUCCUUUUUUUUUUUUAUAUAAUUUUAACUUUUUAUUGUUCCAUAUUCUUUCUACCCUGUAGGACAUUGUAAUUUGAUCCGUGUGAUUGGAAAGAGGGAAGUCAUUGUAAUUUGUAUGGACAUCAUCAUCGUCAUCUCAUUAUGCAAUUAUUUAUUUCAAACUAUCAAAUAUUUAGACACUAAGCUCUCCCAUCAAUGCUAUUAGGGCCUAAAAAUUUGACUUAAUUUGUUAACAUAAUUCGCUGUAACCUUUACAUUGAU